AUGAUGAUGCCUUUAAGACCAUCGAAAAGCGCCAUGCGCGCUCUGCACUCGCAGAGAUGUUUUGCCUCCGCCAGAAGACCAUUCACGGCCAUCUCGCCCCACCGCUUUUCUGCUCAGAAGCGAGUCCAAAGCACCGCUGCUGCUCCCGCCAGCGAGGCUCGACCCGUUCCUAGUCCUGCCUUCAACCAGGAACCCCAACGCAAUGGAGUGUCGCCGCUACAAAAUCGACAGGUCCCCGAGUUGGACGACUCGUUCGUCGGACUGAGUGGUGGAGAAAUCUUCCACGAAAUGAUGCUCAGACUGGGUGUCAAGCACGUCUUCGGUUACCCUGGAGGCGCUAUCCUCCCUGUCUUCGAUGCCAUUUACAACUCCAAACAUUUCGACUUUAUUCUCCCCCGACAUGAACAGGGUGCCGGACACAUGGCGGAAGGUUACGCCCGCGCUUCAGGCCUUCCCGGUGUUGUUCUCGUUACUUCCGGCCCUGGUGCCACCAACGUUAUCACCCCCAUGCAGGAUGCCCUGUCCGACGGCACCCCGAUGGUUGUCUUCUGCGGUCAGGUGCCCACCAGCCUGAUUGGCACCGAUUCAUUCCAAGAGGCCGACGUCAUUGGCAUUUCCCGUGCUUGCACGAAAUGGAACGUCAUGGCCAAGUCCGUUGCUGAACUUCCUCGCCGUAUCCAGGAGGCGUUCGAGAUCGCCACCAGCGGCCGUCCCGGUCCCGUCUUGGUCGACCUUCCCAAGGAUAUCACCGCUGGUAUCCUUCGCAAGCCCAUUCCCAUGAGCAGCACCAUUCCUUCCUUGCCCAGCGCCGCAACUAUGGCGGCCCGCGAAGUCAGCAUGAAGCAGCUUGAAAGCACCAUCGGUCGCGUUGCGCGUCUCGUCAACGUUGCCAAGAAACCCGUCCUGUACGUCGGUGCGGGUCUCCUCGCCCGCCCGGACGGCCCUCAGAUCCUGAAGGAACUGUCCGACAAGGCCUGCAUUCCCGUGACGACUACUUUGCAGGGUCUCGGAGGCUUCGACGAGCUUGACCCCAAGGCUUUGCACAUGCUGGGAAUGCACGGAUCUGCCUACGCCAACAUGGCCAUGCAGGAGGCUGAUCUUAUCAUCGCCAUUGGCGCACGUUUCGAUGAUCGUGUGACCGGUAACAUUUCCAAGUUUGCCCCCCAGGCCAAGCUUGCUGCGACCGAGAACCGUGGCGGUAUCGUUCACUUCGAAAUUAUGCCGAAGAACAUCAACAAGGUUGUCGAGGCCAACGAGGCCGUCGAGGGCGACUGCGCCGAGAACAUCCGUCACCUCCUUCCCCACCUCAAGUCGGUGUCUGAGCGCCCGGAAUGGUUUGCUCAGAUCAAUGACUGGAAGGCCCGAUUCCCCUUCUCUCUGUACGAGAGGCAGGCCGAGAAGGGCCCCAUCAAGCCCCAGGCUUUGAUCGAGAAACUCAGCGACCUGACUGCUCAUAUGAAGGACCGCACCGUGAUCACUACUGGUGUUGGUCAACAUCAAAUGUGGGCUGCCCAACACUUCCGCUGGCGCCACCCCCGUACCAUGAUCACCUCCGGUGGUCUGGGUACCAUGGGUUACGGUCUUCCCGCCGCCAUUGGCGCCAAGGUUGCUCGCCCUGAUGCUCUUGUCAUUGACAUUGACGGCGACGCUUCGUUCAACAUGACCCUGACCGAGCUGUCCACCGCUGCCCAGUUCAACAUCGGCAUCAAGGUCCUCUUGUUGAACAACGAGGAGCAGGGUAUGGUCACUCAAUGGCAGAACCUGUUUUACGAGGAUCGUUACUCGCACACCCACCAGAAGAACCCCGACUUCGUUCCCCUUGCCGAGUCCAUGGGCGUUGCCGCCCAGCGGUGCAGCAACCCCGCGGAGAUGGAGGAGAAGCUGAAGUGGCUGAUCGAGAGCGAUGGCCCCGCCCUGCUUGAGGUUUUCACCGACCGCAAGGUGCCCGUGCUUCCCAUGGUUCCUGCCGGAAGUGCCCUGCACGAGUUCCUCGUGUACGACGAAGCCAAGGAGCAAGAAAGGAAGGCUCUGAUGAAGAAGCGCAACGUGAAAUUUUAA